AUGAUCCGGUCCGGGGGCUUCUCUGUCUCACUCCCUUUUUCUCCCCCCUCCCCCCUCCCUCCUCCCCACUUAUUUCCAGAAUCUGCGCUGGAGAAGGUGGUGGGUGCGUCGGGCAUCGCAGUGAGUGACGACGAUAUGAUUUGGAGCGCGGUUGCUUCUCUGUCUCACUCCCUACUCCUCCUCCCUUUCCUGUCCGCCCCUACACCAGAAUUCGCGCUGGAGAAGGUGGUGAGUGCGUCGGGCAUCGCAUUGAGUGACGAUGAUAUGAUUUGGAGCGCGGUUGCUUCUCUGUCUCACUCCCUACUCCUCCUCCUCCCUUUCCUGUCCGCCCCUACACCAGAAUCCGCGCUGGAGAAGGUGGCGGAUCUAGACAAGGUGGUCCGCAGGGUGACGCCGCGGCUUUGCAUUGCUCCUCUCCUCACUUCCUUCCAACCCCCUCCCCCGCCCUCCCCCCCGUACCCUCCCCAGGCGGACCUAGCCAAGGUGGAUCGCAGGGUGACACCGUGGUUGGUAGUUAUGUUCCACGAGGCGUGGUAUCACAGCAACAAGGAGCACCACCUCAGUGGGGAGGCCAUGCGGGUGGCGCUGGAGAAGACGCUGUAUGAUGCGCGCACGGAUGUGGUGGUGUGUGGUCACGUGCAUUCCUAUGAGCGCACGGUGAGUUGGGGGCAAGGGUGGGAAGGGAAGGGUGAACAUGAGCGGACGGCGAGUGUGAGGCACCUCAGAAGGUGCCUGGCUCUGGAGCAGCUGCUGUAUGAUGCGCGCACUGAUGUGGUGGUGUGCGGCCACGUGCAUGCUUCUGAGCGCACGGCGAGUUGGAGAGCGGAGACGGGGCGCUGGGGCAGAUGCUGCAUGCCAGGGCUGAUGUGGUUUGUGGAUACUACAUGCACCCUCACCGUGUCAUCGUCUGUAUCCCCUCGCCUCACCGUGUCAUCGUCUGUAUCCCCUCGCCUCACCGUGUCAUCGUCUGUAUCCCCUCGCCUCACCGUGUCAUCGUCUGUAUCCCCUCGCCUCACCGUGUCAUCGUCUGUAUCCCCUCGCCUCACCGUGUCAUCGUCUGUAUCCCCUCGCCUCACCGUGUCAUCGUCUGUAUCCCCUCGCCUCACCGUGUCAUCGUCUGUAUCCCCUCGCCUCACCAUGUCAUCGUCUGUAUCCCCUCGCCUCACCGUGUCAUCGUCUGUAUCCCCUCGCCCUCUCCUCUCUCUUGUCGCCACUCCCGUACUCUUGUCCAUUCGCAUCGUCUGCUCAGCUCCCUCCUCACCUCAACCUGUGCCAUGCUGCAUCCCACCGCUGCAUCCCACCGCUGCAUCCCACCGCUGCAUCCCUCUGCUGCAUCCCACCGCUGCAUCCCACUGCUGCUGUUGCACGCUCCUCCCACAAUAUCAGUGGAUGAAUCUGAAUACCAGUGCGUAUUUCGCCGUUGCACGCUCCUCCCACAAUAUCAGUGGAUGA